CGCUUUCAAAAUGAUUUCAAACUAAUCCUGCAAUCGUAUAAACAAGUAGGGCUGCCAAGGUGGGACUCACGAGCAGAGAGAGCACCUGUUUGAAAAUUUUUGGGUAUGAAAUGGAGUUGAUGUGGUGGUGGUUGAUGUUGCUAUGGCCACUCCUCUGUCGGAAUGCGAGGGCUGUAGGCAGUGGUUCCGGGUUGGAGAUGGAGGGGCUGAGCAGGGAGCUGCUGGAAUCGGCGAGGGAGAGGGAGUUCUUCGAGUGGAUGAGAGGGGUACGGAGGAAAAUCCACCAGUACCCAGAAUUAGGAUUUGAGGAGCACAAGACGAGUGAACUCAUUAGGGCUGAGCUUAACUCUCUGGGAAUAGGGUACAAGUGGCCUGUUGCCAAGACCGGAGUGGUGGCUUCAAUUGGAUCUGGGGAUCAACCCACCUUCGCUCUCCGAGCCGAUAUGGAUGCCCUCCCUCUCCAGGAAUUGGUAGAGUGGGAGUACAAGAGCAAGAUCGAGGGAAAGAUGCAUGCCUGCGGUCAUGAUUCUCAUGUAGCAAUGCUACUCGGAGCUGCUAAGUUACUCCAAGCCAAAAGAGGCAUGUUAAAAGGAACGGUGAAGCUAGUUUUUCAGCCUGGAGAAGAGGGUUAUGCCGGUGCUUACCAUAUGUUGAAAGAGGGUGCGCUUGAAGAUGUGAAGGGCAUGUUGGGAUUACAUGUCAUACCGACAGUUCCCACAGGUGGCAUUGCUUCAAGAGCCGGCCCUCUACUUGCUGGUGUUGGGCUAUUCUCCGCCACCAUUCAAGGGAAAGGUGGACAUGGGGCGAGCCCUCAUACAGCCAAAGAUCCUGUUCUUGCUGCAUCCUUUGCAAUCCUGGCUCUUCAACAGAUUGUAUCCCGUGAGACAGAUCCUCAUGAAGCCAGAGUGGUGACAGUUGGAUUGGUAGAUGGAGGCGAAGCCGGAAAUGUAAUCCCAGAGUCUGUGAAAAUUGGGGGAACUUUUAGGAGCCUGACCUCUCAGGGUCUCUUGUACCUCCAGGAAAGGAUCAAAGAGGUCAUAGAGACUCAAGCAUCUGUGCAUGGAUGUGAUGCUGCAGUGGACUUCAUGGAGGAGAGAGGGAUGCCUCAUCCAGUAAUGAUCAACGACGAAACAUUGUAUGAACAUGCAAAGAAGGUUGGAGAAAUACUAGUGGGUGAACCCAAUGUGGAGCUUCUUCCGAUAACAAUGGGAGCUGAGGAUUUCAGCUUCUAUACAAAAAGGUUCCCAGCUGCAAUGUUUACGGUCGGAAUCAAGAAUGAGACUCUGAAAUCAGAUUAUCCCUUGCACUCACCCUACUUUUUUAUUGAUGAGGAGGCUUUUCCCGUUGGAGCUGCUUUCUAUGCUGCAGUCGCCAUCUCUUACUUGGAUGGCCAUGCUGUUGAGUCUGAAACUCACUUGAUUCUGUGAAUUCCUGUCACUUCAAAAAGAAAAAAAAAAACUGGCAUUACAGCCCAAAAUGAGAAUUCGGGGAAAUAUGAAAUGGUGUAAUUUUCAUUUCAGCUGUGGAAUAGUAGGCCCUUGAAGAAGUAAUUUUCCCAACAUAUGCUACGAAAUAUUGAAUUUA